AUGCCUCCCAUCUACUACUUGAAUCAACCGCCCCAUCCCUUCUGGGACUUCGUCGCCGGGAUCGAAGAUCACCCUUUCUUCGCCCACUAUCGACGACCUGUCCCAUCAACUCCGCCACCACAACCCCCUCGUCCAGAGGCCGGGCAAUCUCAAGCACGAGCACAGGCUCACGACGCCGCUGCCGCCCAAGCCAACGAGAAAGCCAAGGGCAAGCAAGCUGAGACCAGCAACGUUGAAGAUCCUCCUGAAAUCGACCCUGCCACCCUUGCGUCUGAACGUAAGGACGUGCCAUUCCGUGGCCGUGGUCGCUUCGCCAGGGCCUUUGCAGACAAGGACAACGAGGACAGCAGCGCCGAAGAAGGCAACAGCGGCCGUCGCGGUGGACGAGGCUGUCACGGUCACGGCCACGGUCACGGUCACGACCAUCACCAUGGCCCCAAUCCCUGGGGGGCUGGACCACCCCCUUUCUUCUUCGGCCCUCAUGGUCCCUUCGGCUUCGGUCACCACGGGCCCCAAGGCCAUGAAGGUCCUGAAGGCCACGGUCCCCGCCCCGGAUUCCGUGGCCGCGGAGGCUUUCAUCGAGGAGGCCGUGGAGGACCACACCAUCAUCAUGGACAUCAUGGACCUCACUCACGCUCCCCGCCACGCGGCGGCGGCCCAUUCGCCGGUGGGUUUCGCCCCGGCCAAGCAGCACCCGGCUUCGACCUGAGCAACUUCCUGAGUAAUCUCGGUGAGCGUCUGGGCGUCGACUUGACCUCCGCCGCCGAAGGCCUGGGACUACGCAGCUCCCCACGCUCAGUCGAAACCGACUUUGAACCACGAACCGACAUCUUCGACACCGCCGCCGCCUACGUCAUCCACCUCUCCCUGCCCGGAGCCAAGAAAUCCGACGUCGGCGUCGAUUGGGAUGGCGAACACUCCGUCGUGCGCGUUGCUGGCGUUGUCCACCGCCCCAACGUCGACGAGGAGAUGAUGUCCCGCCUGGUCGUGGACGGGCGCAAGCGCGAAACCGGCGUCUUUGAAAAGACCAUUCGCCUGGGAACACCAAGGGACCCAGCCAGCGUCGACGUCGACGGCAUCACUGCCAAGAUGGUCGACGGCGUCCUGAUCAUCCGCGUACCAAAGGUCGAGAAGACCUUUGAGAAAAAGGAAGUCCACGUGGGCUCUCCCUCUCCUGCACGACCCAACGAGAGACCCGAGGACGCAUACAUGAACGAGAAAGACCUGCUCUUCGAUGCCGCCGACGACGACGAUGAGGACAGGGACAUGUACGACGCCGAGCCUAUUCCGGAACCUCACCAGCAACAGCAACAACACUCUGCUCCAGCGGACACCACCAUGGGUGAACAGAAGCACCGCGAAGCCAAAGAGGAAGAAGCCCUGCGCGAGCGAGAAAGAGACAACCGCUCCGAGACCGUCGACUUCGAGACCCCGGCCCCAAACAACGAAACCACAGAGACACUCCCGAGAUAUGAGGCCGAGGACAGCAAGGCUCAGGACCACCACCAUCACCACCAGCGCGCAGGCGUCGACAACGACCAGGACAAUAUGAGUGACUGGGAGAAAUACGGCUCCGAGGAUGAGGGCGAGUACGUCAAGAUCAACGUCGACUAA